AUGAAACGUGCUGCGGAAGAGAUCUGCUUGGCUGGAUGGUAUGGGUCAGCUAUCAGCCGAGAGCGCCUUCGUCAACAUCUUAUUCUGCAGAUCCCCCGCAACGACCCUGCAGUACUCCACUCGGCUCUUGGCAACCUCCAGCAACACCUGCGGAUGCUAGACUGGCGCCCCGAUCCCUCACGCAUGGACUUGCCCAACCGUACCAGGUUCCUUCAAUUGGUCGCUGAUGAUGGGUCGUGCUGGGCGGCACCGAGGCCGCGUUCCCCGCCAGCGCCGAGCCCGCUCAUCUGGUUCCACAAUUUCUCGCUUCAGCACAUGGAUGUGGAUCCGCCCCACCCUAAGAUGCCAUCGAUCCCUUCGUCUGACGACCACGAAGUCUACUCGGCCAACGAAAGCGAUGCCCCGAUGCCGCCAGACUAUCCUUCACCCACGGACGAGGACCUUCGCCUCUUGGACGAGCUGAAUGACCAAGAGCAGGCCUUUGGCGCAGGCCCUCCGCCGCCUUUCGACAGCGACUUCAUGAGCGACGAUGAGUUCGAGUACUUGAUUGGUGAAGAGCCGAAGCCGUCUGAAGCUGGGCAAAACGUCAGCGACACCCAGUCCGACUUCGAGGGCCCGACAUACUUGCAGACGCUCUACGACAUGGAGAUGCAUGACGACGAGCGCUCCCCUGAAGACGAGGCGGACGUCCUCCUCGAAGAACCUGCUGGCGAGCUGGCUGUGGUAGCCUCCGACACUGACCUCACAGACCCGCUUUUCUUGGAGAUGACUCAGACUAAUAUGACCUACGACGGCGGCCACCUGUCCGCGGUCUUCCCCGACUACAUCCCCAGCGAGAACUACGUUGACGGCGCCGCCCUGGACGACCACUCCCACCACGACCUGGACACCAACGCCGUGCCUGUGAGGGAAGCUGUCAUCAACCACCACGGCGCGAACCGUCCGCUGUCCAACGACCACCGCGAGAUUUAUGCGAUGCGUACACUGGACAGCUUGUACCCCGUGGUCUCUGCGGACAAGAAGGAGAGGACGAGGACGACCCUGCACUCGGCAGCCAGGCACUCGCUGACGCCUCGCUCCAGUCGGGUGUUCUAUUUCUUCCUGCUGAAGGUCUCGCUGAUACCUCCGCGGCUGGCGAGGGCGCCUUCCCAGACUACGCGCCCUUCGACCCCGUUGCGCAAGUGCCGUUCGGUGGUGACGACGACCCUUCCCUUUUCUGCGCCUUUCCCUGACUUCGACCCUGUUGACAACGUCGUCGGCGAAGAGAACGGGAUCAUGAUGAACUGCGACGGCGUCGCCAUCUCGGACCUCGCGUCCGUCGGGGACGCCCUUCCCGACCUCGCCCCGAGCCACUCCGAGCAGCUCGACAACGCUGCCGACAGCUUGGUCGGCCUCCUCGCCGACGCCAGCGGCUCCCUGGACUUCUACAGCGUGAGCCUGAGAGGCAGCGGGGCCCCGCACCGCGGGGCGCCUCUGCCCCCGUGGCAGGGCCUGCGGGCCGCGGCGACCGCCGAAAGCCAAGCCUCGGCCGGCCCGGCCGGCGAGGGCACUCUCGUGGGAGGUGCGGCCGCCGCCGGCGUGGCGCGCCGCCGCGAUGGCCACGACGCCGGCUGGCUCGCGGAGGCCCUCGGCCGCCACGCCCCGGAGGGGGGAGAUCGAUGCAGCGGCGGCGGAAGUCUUCAACACCUUGGCACAGGGUGGGGACGCCAUCGGCCUGGAGGACUUCCAGCGCUGCGCUACGGUGCUCGCGCAGCUCUCAGAAGACUUCGUGACGGACUCCAAGAUCAAGUUCGAGCACAUGGAUCGCAACAAGGAUGCCCUGGUUCAGCGCAGUGAGUUUAUCGAUGAGGUGCACAGUAUCUGCGAGGUCAUUGGAGUUCGCAAGGCCAUGGCCGCCCUGGAGCAGGUCCUUGGGGUCGCCCGGCGCCUCGCGGGGCAGCAGGCGCAGCAGGGCGGCAGCUCCGCCUCGCGGCCGGCAUCGGGAGGGGCCCAGUUCUCCGAAGAGCAAUGCCAGAAGUGCUGGCCAUGCCGCGUCCGUGCCGCGCCCACGCGCCGUGCUGGUCCGCGCCUGAUUUCCAGAGUGCGGCCAAAGUGCUGACUUUGGGUUUCUUAACAAGCGUG